CUCAGCGAUACAAAUCCACGCAAUAUCGAUUUUUCUUUCCUCGGAAACGAUAGAUUCCUGGUUGUCAACGUUAACUUGAAGCUCUAUUCAAUCGAGGAUAUGUAUCAGGCGCCACAAUUGCUGGCUUGUUUCCUGAUGCCCCUCUCAUUGAAAUUACAAUGCCUCCUUCCGAUGGAUGAUAUUGAUCAGAUGGAAGGCCAACAAACGAUGUACACCUCAGACCCUACACAUCGAAUACUAUGCCUUGUCGCGUGCUAUCCUCAUACUCAAGUCUUCAUCGUCACCACAAGUAUUUUCUUCGACCUAGACAAAACGGCAGCAGAAACACCAAUACCGUGGAACCGUUGGGGCCCUUCAAAUACCCGUGUUUUCGAGCCUCGACAUCAAUGCAAAGUUCAAGUUAGCGGGACUCGAGUUUUGAUGACAUUCCCAUUCGGCAUGCGACACGCGGAGUAUGUAUUACAUGUGAUGGACUUUAGCCCGCUAGCUGUGACAAACAGGCGGGGUCUAGGGCGAGUGGUGAAUGAGCCAUCUACCAUAGUCACCAGCGAUAUCACUGGCAGGUCCGGGGACAACUUGACAACGAGCCUACCUUAUGUCGACGUCAUAUUGAACGGAAGGUUCGGUUCUGUCGAUUCACAGUUACACAAAGUAUGGAUCGACAAGGAUAGAAUUUAUUUGUUCAAGAUAGAUGUGGGACACGUUAUGGCAGGUUCCACACUUGGUCUCGUAGUACAGAGUACCAGGCUUGACGUGAUUGACGUCUAGAGCAGAACAUUAGGGUAUCAGUUUGUAAUAGCACUGUUAAAUAUUAGCGCUCUGGUUAUUGGUCACAUUUCGAGGACAGUGGGUUUACGAAGUAGGAGGCACGGAUGCUAGUGGGUCUCGAGCAUGUGUCUACCAUAAAGGGUGACUCUUGAAGGCAGUCCAGCUCUGUGGAUGUACAUACGGCCAUUACGUGCCCCAUUACAUGAUCAAAUGGAACACAACGUCCAUCGCGGCUGGUCAAGG